UCUCUCCAUUUAAAUAUUGCAUAGGUUUGUCCAUUUUAAGUGGGGUGAACCGCUGUCAGGGUCCAGACGGAGCGCUGAGCGCUGAUACUGCAUACGAAUAUGACCAGAGUCAGCAGGGUGUUGAAAGGUUUGCGGUUCAUAUUACACGGUAACUUGCCGUGUUCGUCCGCCUUUUCUCUGCCCCUCUCCCUUUCUCACCCCGCAUGCUGAUCCAGCUGAUCGUCCCGCGCGUAAAUGGAAAGCUUUUACGCACCGCGCGUGUUCACUCGGAGAGAGGUUUAAUUGUCGUUUUUGCACUGUCACACGCCUCGCUGAGCGCAUAAGUAGGCCUCACGCACUGGAUGCGCUUUGGAAAUGCAAGGCAUGCGGUAAUUCCUCACGACACAACAAGGCGUGCGCCCGGACGCACACCAACAACUAAAGACAGGUUCGGACAUCGAAAGGACUUUGCGCAUCUUGAGACCAUUUGAUGGAGUUACACGUCUUUAAUUUUUCCUGUAUGAACUUAUAAAAAUUCAUCUGAUGAGCCCGAAAUGGAGACCAUCUAAAGGAAGACUCUUCAUCAUCUCCAUCCAGAGGAAAACGGCUCGCCUGCAGGGAAAAACAGAUUUCUUCACUUUCAGUUAUGGCUAUCAACACGGAUGCUGCUUUUGGGAAAGCCUCUCUGGGCGAUCGGGAAGUUUCCAAUCCCACCGACUUCCAGGACACGGAGAAGCUCCUGAGCAUCACGACCACGGAGCCCACGGGCGAGAGCAACAUCAAACCGUCCGACUCAUUCUCCCUCAACAUCAGGGGAAGCGUGCGCUCUCUGGAUGCGGACCAGAACGGACACACAUCGAAGCUUAAGUCGGGUUCUGUUGGGCAACUGGCGACCCCACCCACAUCCUCUUCCCGGCUCAGUUUGGGCCCGCUGCCCUCCACGGUAACGCGCGGGUCCGCGCCCCCAAGUUACCUCUGGCUUGCGGUACUUUCGUGUUUCUGUCCCGCCCUGCCGCUCAACGUAUGCGCCCUGUGGUACGCCCAUGUGUCCAGGUCUGUUCUCCACACAGGAGACAUUGAAGGGGCGAGGAAGUACGGCCGUCUGUCCAUGUUGCUCAGCUGUGCUGCCAUGCUGCUGGGUGUGGCUGUCGUCGUCUUCGUCGUGUUGACAAUAGAGGCCCAGUGAAGUGUGUGUGGAUGAAGCAUCACCCUUUCACUUCAUCACAAUUUUGCACAGAAGAGGACAUAUAUCAUUUUGAAGAU